AUGGCAUUGCUAGGCCUGCCAGCGGAGGAGCGCAUGGGCUCCAUGCACCGCUUCGAGCUCCGAAGUGGCAGGUCCGCCUCCUCGCCGAGCCUUUUGCAUAAGGGGCAAGCAGGGUAUCCGCGGAGUGUGGCGGUGCCUCGCCAGCCUGUGACGGCGUUUCAGGCUCGAGAGUCGGUCACGUCGGCACGAAUGGAGCCGAUGGUUCUGGCGAACCCGGUGACGACCAACGACUUGGAGGACCGGCUCCGGCGCCGCGAGCGCUGCUUCGGCACCCUCAGGGCAUCCUGGCGGGUGAAGAACUGCUUCAGUGUAUGGCGAUCCUUUGUCCAGAUGCAGAACGAAGCUGUGCGAGUGCAGCAGGACCAUGAAGCCCAGCUGAGAGCCAUCUUCGAUUUGCGAGAACUGCUCGCGCAGAAGGAGCAGGAAGUCCGGCAGCUCUCCCUGCUGGUGAGAACCGGCGAAAGAAAGCGGUCGAGCUUGGAGCGCAGUGUCCACGUCAUGCACACGGGCGCCCUGGACCUGGUGCUUCGCACGAGGGCGUUUGGUGCCUGGCGCCUUCUAAGUCUGCGUGAUCGUCUGGCCGGUGCACUGCAGCGUGUGGAGGCAGAGGCCGUGCAGCGAGAGGCCGACCUGGAGCGCCAGCUACUGCUGCAGCUCGAGGAUGCAAGCUCCAACAAUCGCCGGCUGGAGGCAGAGCUCCGGUCCUCCGAGAGGCGCCAGCGCGUCAUGGCCGAGGAGAUCGCUGCCCUGCAGCGCCAGCUUGACGAGGCGGAGGCACAGCUGCGGAAGGCACGACAGCGCCAUGCCGCCAACUCGGAUCGCCUUGCCAUGGCAGGGACGGAGCGUGAGGCGAAGGCCGCCGCGUGGGCGCUCUGGCUUCGUGCUUUGGCAGUACUGCGACGCGAGCGGCAUGAGCGUGAGGUCAUGGAGCAUCAGCAAGCCUUGAAGGAUGCUGCCGAACGCCAUCGGUUCGAGAUGGAGGAAUGGCGCCGGGAUGCCGAUGAUGACAGACACCGCAGGGAGAGCGACUGGAGGAGCCACCACGAGAAGCUAGAGAGCAGCUGGCACAAGAAGCUCAAGCAGGCGGAGGAGGAAUGGGAACGAAGGCUCCAGCAGAGACUUGCGGAGAUGGAGGCAGACUUCGAGCGGCAGCACGCGCUCUCACAGGACCAGCACCACCAAGCGAUCCGGGGCAACCAGGAUGUCUUCGACCUCGAGCUGGCCCGAGUUCAUCAAGCUCACGAGGAUCAAAGGAAGCUGCGAGAGGAGGAAGAUCGAGUGCAAGCCGAGAAGCACCAGCUCUUCUUGGAGGAACUUCAGCGACAGCAAGAUGAGGCGAAGCAGAAGCUUCUGAUGUCCUCCUUGGCUGCGCUUGGUGGACAGCGCACCCAGGGACUGCGCUCUGCUUACUUCCUGGCGUGGGCGCAGUACCUUGCGCAUGUAAAGAGGGAUCGCAGUGCAGAGGAGACAUUGCUGUCCUUGGACAGAAAGGACCAGGAGCUUCGUCAGUUGCUCGCGCAGCACGAUGCUCUCCACCAGAAGCUUCAGGAGCAAGAGGCUGCGUCCGCAAGGCAGAGGACAAGUCACCGCCAGCAGGCUCUCCGACGGAGCGACCGGCUGCUCGGAGGCCCUGGCCUCAGCCCAAAAGAGAAGCUCUGGAUCAGCCAGGUGUUGGGUGCCUGGUUGUUGGUGGCCGUGGCCAUGCGCCUGGCACGUGCUCGGGAGCUCGAGGCCAGCGAGGCCGACCAGCUCCGAGCAGAGCUGCAGCGGCUGAAAGUCGAGGGCGGCAAGGCGCUGAGGAGCCAAGCCCGAGAAACUCUGGAGACUCGACGGCGGCAGGCGUUGCUGCUUCAAAUCCUGCGUUCUUGGAUGCGAGUCGUCUGGCAGCAGCACCUUCAAGCGCACCGAAGUGAGACCGAUGAAAUGUCCAAGCUCCUUCGUUCGCGAAAGGACCUUCUGUUACAUCGCACCUGCGAAGCCUUCGGGCGCAAGCUGCGGAGGCACCUUCUUUGGACAAUGUUUCAAUCCUGGAGGAGCAGGGUGGAUGUGAGCGCAGACGCCCUUGGCAGCCGGCAAAGCUACGAGGUGAAGAUGGACCGGCUUGGACGACAGCUGCUGCUCCGGGCCAGUUCUGUCUUGCUGACCAGCAGCUUCACAGCAUGGUCCCGCACUGCCCGGCUGCUGCGAUUCGAUCGUGCAGCGCAGCAGAUGCUGUCCAAGGUGGAUUUCCUCCAGCGUUGGGGCCAAAGCCGGAGAGACCACCUCUUGGACAAGUCUGAGGAUCUGGGUCGCCUGUGCUUGGCACGGGUUGCGCUGGCGGUCUGGUCUCAGGCUUUUUGGAUCCUUGGUUUGCUGAACAACUUCUUGUGGGUGGUGCUGAACGCCGGCGCCAAUGAGAUCAACUCGGCUGGUGUUGCGCUGGUUUACCUGGUCAACGUGCUGCCGUCGCUGAUGAUGAAGUUGAGUGGUCCGUACUGGUUUCACUAUGUGAGCUACAAGUACAGAAUAUGGAUCAUUGCUCUGCUCAUGGUCCUCUGCCUCCUCCAGGUCGCCUGGGGCCAGGGUCCCUAUCAGAAGCUUCUUGGAGUCGCCAUGGCUUCCCUGGCCGCCGGCAUAGGUGAGGCCAGCCUUCUGGCCAUGUCAUCCUUCUACGAAGCCAAGCCCUGUCUGACGGCAUGGUCCUCUGGCACCGGCUUUGCUGGCAUUGCCGGCUAUGUUUGGAGCCUCCUCUUUGACUACCUGGACGCUUGCUUUCAGGUGGAGCUCAUGGUUGCUCUUUGGCUGCCGGUGGCCUUCCUCCUCGCCUUCCACUGCAUCCUGGGGCCGCCUUGGAUCGACGAGGAGCGGGGCAUCGCGAACGUGAACCUCUCCGUCCCGGAUUGCACCGUGGACAGCCCUUCGUCCAACAGCGAAGAGCUCGAGAGUGAAGAGUCGACAGUCACGGAGCACCAUGCCUCCGAGCUGGCGACAGCGAAGCUCUCUGUCAAGGAGAGAUUUUCCUACAUACUCUCACUGUGGCCGUACACAGUGCCGCUCUUCCUCGUCUACGCCGCUGAAUACACGAUCCAAGCCGGUUUCUGGGCUGCCAUGGGAUUUCCAGUGACUGAUCCCACGUCUCGCCACAAGUUCUACAAGUGGGCCAACUUCAUGUACCAGAUUGGCGUCUUCAUUUCCAGGUCAACAUUCAUCUUGAUCUGCCGCAACCGGAAAGUACUGUGGAGCGGUGGAUUUCUUCAGGUUGUGAUGGCCUUGUUCUUUGCAGCGGCGGCAUGGCAGCCUUUUGGUGACUGGUGGCUACUGGCCCCGGCCUUCUUCGUCGGGUGUCUGGGAGGCGGCGUCUAUGUCGGUGCCUUCACCCUCAUCGCGCAGGAGCAACCUCCAUCGUUUGUGGAGCUUGCGCUGUCUGCGGCAUCCGUGGCUGACACAUUCGGCAUGAUUGCGGCGGACAUCAUGGGCUUGCUUAUCCAGGGCUGCGUCUUCGGACACUUGCAGGUUUUGGAUGAGGCGCCAGAUUUUAAAUGCGGCUUUGAUAUCUGGGACUCUUUGAACAAGACGGUCUCAGCCAAGACCUACGAAGCGCGAGGUGCACAGCUGGAGAAGCAGCGCCGGACCUGGAGCUCGGAGCUCCGGCGCCGCGCCGACCGUGGCUCGAACUGCGGCUCUCGGCUGGCUGGCAAGUUCUGGACAUUGAAGAUGCGUCUCCUGGUCUUCGCCACCUUCAUGACAUGGAGGCUGCGCCUCGUGAAUGAAAGCUCAGCAAAGCUGCGCCGGACGAUGGCCGACCGCGAGGCCGCGGAGCACGCUGGAGCUUCUCGAAGCCUGCUCUUGACUGACGCCUUUCGCAGGUGGCGGCGCUUUGCCAACGCCCGGGCUGCGGAGCGUGCCGCACAGCUGAGUGCGCCAGCGCCGGGAGCUCCCGGGCGCGUGGUCUCUGUGGUCUCGGCGAUCGAGGAGCGGCGGACCCGGGUCUUGGCACUCGAGGCUUUCCACAGGUACGCUCUGGACAUCCAGAAUCCGACAUCUGUACAUGUCAUACAUGGCAUGGAGCGGCUGACAUGGUGCACGCGAAGACGUCGUGUGACAGGAGUCCUGGGCACUGCCUCCUUCGGGUUUGGCAAUUUGCAGGGCCGGCAUGUGCCUUGCUGCUUCAAGGCCCGGCUGCUUGCGCGCCGGACUGGGCCCACCGACCUGCCUGGGGAGGAAUGGUGGCCCGAUCUUGGGCGAUGCCACCUGACGGCCCAGCUUCGCAUGCACCCCGAGGACGGGCGGUUUCUCAGCUUGGACCGGCUUUGGGCGGCCAUACGGGCACGACCAGAGGCUGUUAACACCGCGACCCCAGAGGGAAAGCCGUUGACCAUCGCCGUGAAGAAAGGAUGCCGCGGUGCAGCUGAGCUUCUGCGAAACAGCGGCGGUGUUCUCACCUGUGCCGGUGCUGACCAGCUCCUUCGUGACUCAGCGGCUCGAGGCAAUGUCGAGGCCCUGCGGCUUCUCCUCUUCGAGGCCUCUGGACGACUGCGCUCCGAACCGUGGGCAAGUCCCAAUGCCAGGCCGGUAAAGCAUGGUGGAACUCCUUUAGACAUGGCUGUAAGCCGCAACCAGCAGGAGUGCGUCGAACUCCUGCUGAAAGCAGGUGGCCGACAUUCCCUUCAUCGUGCAGCCGAGCUUGCGAUGCCGGCCAUGGUCCGCGCCUGGCUUGAUGAGGGUGCAGCCGUGGAGGAGUGUGAUAGUAGUGGAGCGACGCCGCUGCUUUUGGCAGCCAAGGGUACCGGGCGCGUGGCAGAGCGAACAGAAUGCCUCGAGCUGCUGCUUCGUGCUGAUGCUAUGGUCGAUGCCCUACCCAUCACGCAGGAGACGCCGCUGAUGCAUGCGGCCGCUCGGGGCGUCUACGAGCACUGCAAACUGUUGCUUGAGGCACGCGCAGACUGCCACCGCCGAGAUCGGCGAGACCGGCAGCCCAUCGACCAUGCUGCCACAAAGGAAGUCCGGGCCUUGCUCUCUUCGGCAAUGAGCUCAUGUCGAGGUGAGUCCCAAUCCGAAGAGUGGUGGGAGCCACCGACUUCCACGCCCGCGACAUCGGCGACUCCAGGGCCCUUCGGGCCCUUCGGGCCCUCGGACACGGAUUCAUUUCCGGAUCCAUGCGCCAAUUGGUGCCAAGUGUCUCACGUGCCCCGGUCAGCACGAGCAGCCUCUGAGGCAUCGAGUUUCUGCUGUAUAGCUUCUAGUGUUUCGAAUCACAUGUUUGCACGCAUACAGGUGUGA